CUUUCUUUUAUAACAUUAUUAUAAUAUAAUCAUGUCUGCUGAACAAACUCCUAGUGCUACUCCUACUACUCCUGAACGUACUACUGAUACUCGUGAAUUGGCUGCUCAUUUUGCUGCUAGCCUUGGUCAAUUAUCUUCUGGUGGUGCUAGUAACAGUGAAGAACCCGCUCAUCAAAGCAAGGAUUAUGCUUUACUCAGAGAUCCCGUUCUUCACAAUGAACGUUUAGAUGCUAUUCGUCAAAAGAAGGGUUAUAUUAUUGAUAUGGAUGGUGUUAUUUAUCAUGGAAACAAUCUUUUGCCUGGCGCUAAAGAAUUUGUUGACUUUUUACAAGCAAAUAAUAAAAAGUUCCUUUUCUUGACCAACAACUCUGCUCCUACUCCCCGUGAAUUACAAUCCAAAUUACAACGUCUUGGUAUUGAUGUCACUGCUGACCACUUCUUUACCUCUGGUCAAGCCACUGCUUACUUUUUGAAAUCUCAAAUGCCUGAAGGUGGUACCUGUUAUGUUAUUGGUGAACCUGGUCUUGCUUAUGCUUUGUACGAUAUGGGUUUCUUUAUGAAUGAUCAUAAUCCUGAUUAUGUUGUCUUGGGUGAAAGUGCUAGUUACAACUUUGAAAAGUUAACCAAGGCUGUGCAAUUGGUGCAAAAUGGUGCAAAACUUAUUUCAACCAACUUGGAUGUCGAAACCUUGAACUCUAAGGGUCAAAAGAUUCCUGCUACUGGUGCCUUUACUACCUGUGUUGAAUUAGUGACCAAGACUAAAGCAUUCUAUUGCGGUAAACCUUCUGCCCUUAUCAUGCGCUAUGCUCAACGUGUUCUUGGUUUAAGUCGUAUUGAAACUUGUAUUAUUGGUGACCGUAUGGAUACAGAUAUUGUGGCUGGUAUCACUUCUGAAAUUGAUCCUGUUCUUGUAUUAUCUGGUGUUACUGAUAUGAGCGAAUUAUCAAGCUUUGCCUAUCGACCUUAUGUCAUUUUGGGUGGUGUUUAUGAAAUUCCAAAUGAAGAUGAAAAAAAUAUUGUAUCCGAAACUGAUAUGGAAGAAGCCGCUAGACGUGCCUCCUAUCUUUAAAUUAGUUUAUUCCUUCUCUUCUUUAUGUAUUUUAUUAUUACUCUCCUACAUACUAUUAUUUCCAAUAUAGAUUCUAUUCAUUUAAAACUUACCAAUAAAAACUAUCAUUUCAUAACAAAUUUCAA